GCAACCGGUGUUACAGAGCUGUGAUUUCACUUGUUGUUUCGCGCGUUGGUUUAUUUUGGAGAUCUAUCCUUAACUUCUUACAGGAAUUACAGAAUGGGUUGUGAGGGAAGUGUCAUGGAGGAUCCUGAUAAUGAAUAUGACUCCACAUGGGACGAUGAGGUUGAAGAACAACAGUUUGGCUUGAGGGUAACUAAGCAGCGGACAAUAAAACCAGAGAGAAACCUGGAGGCAGCUAGGGACAUGCAGAAGUUCAGGCAUGUUCAAAUGCCAAGACAUGCUUCCCAUUCACAUGGUCAAGUAAGUAUUGCAUUACUCACCAUUACUCACACCUGCACAAAACAAUAUUGUAUUUCAGUGACUUUACUGUAUAUCCUGUAUGUAUGGAAUUAUUUAAUCAUAAUUGUUGUGUUUUCACAGGAUAAUUUAUAUAAUCUUUAUUUCUAUCAGAAUAAAAUUCCAUUCCAGCCUCAUGGUGUAUGUAUUGAAGAUUUUCAUAAGGAUUGGUUUGGGAAUUACACGAGGCUGGAAAGAGUGCACUCCUAUAUUCAGUGGUUGUUUCCAACCCAAGAGCCAGGGGUAAAUACUUAUGCACAUGUCCUUACGCCAACAGAAAUAAAGCACUUCCGUGAGAAUACAACAGUAAAGAAAAGACUGUUAAAAUCUUACAAGCUCAUGUUGGAUUUCUAUGGCAUACAACUUGUCAAUGAGGAAACUGGAAAGGUUCAACGUGCAAAAAACUGGAGAGAUCGAUUUGAAAACCUUAACAGAAACAUGCACAAUAAUCUUCGCAUCACCCGCAUCCUAAAGUGUCUGGGUUUACUGGGGUUUCGUCAGUAUCAAGCACCACUGGUUUACUUCUUCCUCAAGGAGACUCUGAUUGAAGGCACACUUCCCCAUGUCAAGCAGAGCACACUAGACUACUUUAUUUUCGCUGUUUUGGACAAGCACGAGCGAAAAGAACUGAUCAAAUUUGCCUUCUUACAUUUUGAGCCAAAAGAGCUAUUUGUGUGGUGUCCUGAUCGGAUUCAAAGAAAAAUUUUGAAAGGAAACAUCCUUCGCCACCAUCAGCAUUGUCAAGAAGGGAAAUACUUUUAUGCACCACCAAGUAGACCUAGUACAAGAAACAAAAGGAUAAGAAAUGUAGUUCAUAAUAAAAGUAAUCCUACAGACCGACCUCUGGUCCAUCAGCACAGAACUAUACAAUGGUGAAACAGUGAGCAGAGUCAUGACCACAACCAUGACUGAAUGGGCUUGUUCAUUUUAUUAUAGUGCCAGAAAACAUCAACUAUAAGAACUAACCAUAAGAAACAGGCCACAGCAGGUUAAAAAAAAAGUUAUAAACAAUGCAUCUAGAAAAAUUUGAAGACAAUCAUCGACAGCCUGUUCAAGUCAGGUAAGCAACAGAAGACUGCUUUAAAGACUGGCAGUUUUGUAUUGAUGCAUAUGCAAAUGUGGUAGAAAAAUGUGCACAAGCAACAGAGAAUACUGGAGUCUUAAACAGAUUGUGAAGCAAAGCUGAAUCAAGGACUUGGGAGAGCUCCAGAAAGACUGGAGUGAGGCUGGAGUCAGUGCAUCAAGAGCCACCACGCAUAGAAGUCUUCAGGAAAUGGACUGUAACUGUUGCAUUCUUAGCAUCAAGCCACACCUGAACCUGAGAACAUCAGACGUGUCUUACCUGAGCUGAUGAGAAAUAAAACUGGAUUAUUAUUUUUAUUACUACCAUUACUCAGUGGUCCAAAGUCUUUUUUUCAGAUGAAAUUAAAUUUUGAUUGAUUACUGUUUAAAAUGAACAGAAAUCAUCUAGGUUUUUUUAUUGUAAAUUCUUUUUAAUUAUGUUUAGGAAAUAGUCUAAUAU